GCUGUGGACUCAGUAGGGUGUUCAACCAAUGGGCUCCUGGCCAAGUAGGGGGAGUUUUUGGUGAACGACUCCUCCCUUGUAGAAUUAGCUUUAGGAAGGCCUGGACGAAAGAGAUUGGGCGGUCCUGCUUCCCCGCCUGAGGCGAGGCGGGACCGUUGUUGCAGAGGUGAGGACUAGUAAAUGUUGGAAGUUCUUCCUGGCCUAGGGGCGUCUGGGGUAGUGGGUUUGGUGGCGUGGAGUCGGAGAGGAGCCCGCCCCGCGGGGAAACCCAGGCUUGCCAACGGAAAGGGCCCAGCGCAGCCCUCAGGUCUGGCGGGCGGAAAAAAACAGUGGAGCCAGUGGAGCCGAGCCACGGCCUUGGGCGGCCCCCUGACAGCUCCUUUGGCUCGAGACCUGGGAACGCGGUGGAACCCUUGGCUGCGUGUACCCCAGCCCUUGCAACCUUUUUUUCCUUUUACCCGUCUGCAGUCCCAGGCUGCAGAAGGGACCGCAGGCAUUUUGAGUUCUCAACCCCCAUUUCAGUCUCUAUCUACAAGUGCACAGCUGCUUAGGAGGUGACUCCUAAGCAGCUGGAAAAGGGGCUGCAGGAAGUGGACUGCAGUAUAAAAUCCAGAAGCAGAAUUUGAAGGUUUAACCACUGACCCAUUUCACAGGUACUAUAUAGCACAUUUUACUUGCCAUUCUCUUUUUGAUGGACAUUGGUUGUUCCCAGUUUUUCACCUUGUAGACAAUGCUGCAGGGAAAUCCUGAAUGUUUCAUGCAUCCUUGGACAAAAAGAUGGAGUUGGUUUUUGUUUUUAAAAAGAUAUUGUCAAUGAUCUGAUAUGACUGUAAAUGCUUGAUGAAGUUGCAUGGACUUGUCAUCAGUUUGGACUAAUGGUCAUUUUUGAGAAUUCGUCAACCACAAUUACUAUUUGAAAAUUCAAGCAUCCAAGAACAUUGGGCUUAGAAUGGCAUGAUGAUGUGUUUUCUCUGAGGACUGCAAAUUUCCUAGAGACCACAGUUGGAUUCCAGUUAUAUUCUCCUAUCAAAGUGAUUCAGUCCUUUGAUACAGUUAAUUUUGAAGUUUCAUUUUUAAACAACACCAAAAGAUGGGAGAAAAAAAUGUUGUCCCAGGAUUGGCUGUUGGAAGCUCUUUCAGUUGCAUCUGUGUUCCUUUGACAUACCUGUAUCAAUGUGACGCAAAAACUUUCUGGAUGGAGCUGGAAGAUGAUGGAAAAGUGGACUUUAUCUUUGAACAAGUGCAAAAUGUGUUACAAUCACUGAAACAAAAGAUUAAAGAUGGAUCUGCCACAAAUAAAGAAUACAUCCAAGCAAUGAUUCUAGUGAAUGAAGCAACCAUAAGUAACAAUUCAACAUUGAUAAAGGAUCAUACAUCUCUGUUCCAGAAUGAACAGGAAAAUAAAUCAGGUUCAUUGCCUUCUACAUCAUAUGAAGACUCCUUUCCAGAAGACUGUACAUUUCUAUCUACAAAAAAUAAGAAAAUUCCUCCUUUGGAAAAUAAAGCUGCAUAUAUUAAAGAAAAGAAAUCACCUUUGAAUUUACCUUACCAAAGUCAUGACUGCUCUCGAACUUGUCUGAUGAAAAUGCCAGUAAUCUUCAAGGGAGAAAACCCUCUGCAGCUACCAAUCAAAUGCCACUUCCAAAGACGACAUGCCAAGACAAACUCUCAUUCUUCAGCACUCCACGUGAGUUAUAGAACCCCUUGUGGAAGGAGUCUACGAAACGUGGAGGAAGUUUUUCGUUACCUGCUUGAGACAGAGUGUAACUUUUUAUUUACAGAUAACUUUUCUUUCAAUACCUAUGUUCAGUUGACUCGGAAUUACCCAAAACAAGAAGAAAUUGUUUCUGAUGUGGAUAUUAGCAAUGGAAUGGAAUCGGUACCCAUUUCUUUCUGUAAUGAAAUUGACAAUAGAAAGCUUCCACAGUUUAAGUACAGAAGGACUAUGUGGCCACGAGCGUAUUAUCUAAACAACUUUUCCAACAUGUUUUCUGAUUCAUGUGACUGUUCUGAGGGCUGCAUAGACAUAACAAAAUGUGCAUGUCUUCAAUUGACAGCAAGGAAUGCCAAGACUUGUCCCUUGUCAAGUAAUAAAAUAACCACUGGAUAUAAAUAUAAAAGACUACAAAGACAAAUACCUACUGGUAUUUAUGAAUGCAGCCUGUUGUGCAAGUGUAAUCGACAGAUGUGUCAAAACCGAGUUGUCCAGCAUGGACCUCAAGUAAGGCUACAGGUGUUCAAAACUGAGAAGAAAGGAUGGGGAGUACGCUGCCUAGAUGACAUUGACAGAGGGACAUUUGUUUGCAUUUAUUCAGGAAGAUUACUGAGCAGAUCUAACACUCAGAAACAUGAUGCUACUGAUGAAAAUGAAAAAGAAGAGAAUAUUAUGAAAAAUAUGUUUUCAAAAAAGAGGAAACUAGAAGUCACAGAUUGUGAGGUUGAAGUUAUCUCAUUGGAUCUGGAAACACAUAGAAGUGCUGAGACUCAGGCGUGUCCACCUACAUUCAAUAAUAAUCUAAAAGAGCCUGUGAGAGAAAUGAAAUGUAACAAUAUUUCAAGAAUUCAGUAUCAUUCAGUCAUUAGAAGUCCUAAAGCCAAGACAGCCAUUAUUCAACGCAACGGGAAAAAUACGGAAUUUACUUCCUCAGAGUCUGUCACCUUAGAAGAUGAUGGAUUUAAACCAACCCAAGUACAUCUGAACUCCAAAGCCAAGGAAAUGAAAAAGGAUUCAAGCUCCUACCAAGUUAAGGACUCUGAAGACAGUAUGCUGAUUGAAUCAGAUGUGAUAGAUAUAACUAAAUGUAGAGAAGAAACACCAUUAGGGGGCAGAUGUAACCAAGCAACCCCAUUGGAUAAUCAGAAUAUUAUAAAGGAGCUCAAGGCUCAAAUACAAAAGCCCCAAGAAGAAAGAUCUCCAGCAUAUCAACACCAGCAGGUCUUUUGUGAUAAAGAGUUCCCAAGUGAAACCAAGAAUACUUCACCUGAUUCUCUAAAGAAGUUCAGUAAAGGAAAUGUGUUUUUAUUGGAUGCCACAAAAGAAGGAAAUGUGGGCCGCUUUCUUAAUCAUAGUUGUUGCCCAAAUCUUUUGGUACAGAAUGUUUUUGUAGAAACACGUGACAGAAAUUUUCCAUUGGUGGCGUUCUUCACCAACAGGUAUGUGAAAGCAAGAACAGAGCUAACAUGGGACUAUGGGUAUGAAGCUGGGACUAUGCCUGAGAAAGAAAUCCUCUGCCAGUGUGGGGUUAAUAAGUGUAGAAAGAAAAUAUUAUAAAUCUGUAGCUAAAGCCUACUGAAGAAAUUAGCUUAUCACACUGCAAUUAGAGCCACGCAAGAGAACUUUCAAUCAUCAGUGGAAUUAACUGAGGCUGUGAUCCAUCAAGAGCAUUCCUUUCAGUUUACCCUUGUAGAGGAAUUCAUUUGUGUGGCUUAAAAUGCUAGGAACAAAAUAAGAACGUUUUCAAACGCAUAGGCAAUCUCUUUAUUCUUUAUGCUCUUCAACUUUACAUGAGUGAGAUGGAAGUGUAUAUUUUAUAUGAAAUACCAUUAUACAGUUUGUAACUUAUUUGUAAUCUAUAUAUUAAGAGAAAGAAAUGUCACAAUAGAAUUCAGUUGUUCAUAUUUACAUUUGUGAUUAUUAUCUUUAAGUUUAUGCCCCCAAAAGGCCAAAUUUCACAUCGUUGCCUACAAAAUUUACGUUUAAUUCUUGGCAAAUAAUUUACCAUUAUAAGCCAUAAGGUGGACAACAGAGCCUGUGGAAUAUGUAAGAUCUGACUUUAUACAUAUUACAUCCAAUAUUUUAACACUAGUUGGAGAAGCUCUGUCUGGCUCCUUGCAACUCUGUCACAUCAAACCAUUUGAGUGCUAAGAUGGAAAAGCUCUCCUAUUGGGAAGAUUCUGGCAAACUUUGAGAUGAAACUUCUUUUCCAUAGAUUUGUUUUUACUCCUCCAGUACAAACAUAGACAAGAAUAAAAAGGGAAUAGAAACCUGUAGGAAUUAGAAUAUUUUUUUCUAGGUAGAGGAGAGCCGUAAGAAAAACAAAACUUAGAAACUAGUGAGACUUAGCUUAUUUAGGCCAGAAGGGAUUGUGCUGGGCAAGAAUUUCACUUUAAAACAACAACAACAAAACAAGGCGAUUCUACCCAUUGUCAAGUCUGGAACAGCUUCUUGGAUUCUCCUGUGUAUGAUGUGCAAAUUGUUUUUAUUGAGAAAAAGGGAGUUACUCUGCUAUGGGUUACCCAGCCCUGAUCAUGGAGCAGAAAGAGGACUGGGAAUCUCCAAAACUAAUUUUACCCGUAAUGAAGAUGUACAUUUGGCUGCCAGGAACUUCCCCCUUGAAACCAGAAGAGGAAUACCAGCUCAAAAACUAGUCAUUAAAAGUAGUUCUGGCUUUUGAGAGA